AUGUUAGAAAAUCAUUCAAGUGCUUAUCCAGCGGGUAAAGUGGGAAGUGGUUUUCUUGCUGCUAAAUUCAAUGGUUUUGUUUUAUUGACCCGCUUGAGGCAUUAUCCAACUCUUUGUUCUCAUAAUGAAAAUCCUUGGAACAUAAUGCUAUGCAAAUACUUGAAGGAAGUACACAAAGCUCUUAAGUGGAAUCAUGUUGUGAAGGGUGGAAUCAAUUUAAUAAAUGCCAUAUGCUUCAACAUUGUCUUGAUGCUUUAA